AUGGGCGGCCUAAACUUAGAAGUUUUCAAGUUCGGCAUGUACGUCAUGUUCCCAAUCGGCAUCAUGUACUACUUCGGUACGAACCUUGACGAGCGUUUUGCCGUCCCCGACUUUUGGCCCAAGGCCGAGCAGGCGAACAAGGUGCCCAUAGACCGAGACGAGAUCCACGCUGAGCUACAGCGAUUACGCGCGCGACGGCUAUAUCUCAGGGACAGGAGGCUCGAGAACGAGGCGCGGCAGACGUCGCAGCCUGGGAGUAGAGAGCAGGAGUAG